UCGUUGCCCAGCACGUUCGCCAACAGCCUCUGCUCGAGCCACAACACCCACCGCGGCAACAAACACUGUAGCCCGGCCCCCUUAGCCUCACACUAAACCUCCCGCCCGCGACACACACGUUUUCUACCUUACCACCACCUCUUCUCACCAUGGCUCCCGUCGCUUCGCACACGGCCGCCAACGGCAACGGCAACGGCCACGCCCAGCAGCAGGCGCCCAUCAACCCCACGGCGGCACGCCACGAGGACACCGAGUCGAUUCGCGUCGAGUCGCCCAAUGUCUCGUACACGGCCGACGCCAUCAGGUCGCGCUACGAGUACAACAACACGCACGUCACCAAGAGCGUCAACGCCGCCGGCAAGACGGAGUUCCUCGCCAAGCCCGUCACGGCGCAGUACGAGUUCAAGACGGAGACGCGCGUGCCCAAGACUGGCCUCAUGAUGGUCGGCUGGGGCGGCAACAACGGCACGACAAUCUCGGCCUGCAUCCUCGCCAACAAGCACAACAUCACGUGGCACAACAAGGACGGCCUGCAGACGCCCAACUACUACGGCUCGCUCGUGCGCGCGUCGACGGUGCGCCUCGGCAUGGACCCCGAGACGGGCAAGGACGUGUACGUGCCCUUCAGCAACGUGCUGCCCACGGUGCACCCCAACGACUUUGUGCUCGGCGGCUGGGACAUCAGCGGCCUCAACAUGGCCGAGUCGAUGACGCGCGCCAAGGUGCUCGACUACGACCUGCAGCGCCAGAUUGCGCCGAUGCUCAGCGGCAUGAAGCCGCUGCCCUCGGUGUACUACCCCGACUUCAUUGCCGCCAACCAGGGCGCGCGCGCCGACAACGUGAUCCCCGGCGACGACAAGGCCGCGCACGUCGAGCACCUGCGCAAGGACAUCCGCGACUUCAAGGCCGCGCACGGCCUCGACAAGAUCAUCGUCGUGUGGACGGCCAACACGGAGCGCUACGCCGAGAUCAUCCCCGGCGUCAACGACACGGCCGACAACCUGCUCGCCGCCAUCAAGGCGAACCACGAGGAGGUGUCGCCGUCGACGAUCUUCGCCGUGGCGUGCAUCCUCGAGAACGCGCCCUACAUCAACGGCGCGCCGCAGAACACGUUUGUGCCGGGCGCCAUUGAGCUGGCCGAGCGCCACCGCGCCUUCAUCGGCGGCGACGACCUCAAGACGGGCCAGACGAAGGUCAAGUCGGUGCUCGCCGACUUCCUCGUCAACGCCGGCAUCAAGCCGCUCGGCAUCAGCAGCUACAACCACCUCGGCAACAACGACGGCUACAACCUGUCGUCGGCGCGCCAGUUCCGCAGCAAGGAGAUCAGCAAGGCGAGCGUCGUCGACGACAUGGUGUACGCCAACCACCUGCUGUACAAGCGCGCCGCCGACACGGACAAGCUGGCGAGCGCCAAGGCCGUCGCCGAGAAGGGCGAGCACCCCGACCACAUCGUCGUCAUCAAGCACCUGCCCGCCGUCGGCGACCAGAAGGUGGCGAUGGACGACUACACGAGCGAGCUGUGCCUCGGCGGCCGCAACCGCAUCUACCUGACGAACCUGUGCGAGGACUCGCUGCUUGCCUCGCCGCUGCUCAUCGACCUGGCCAUCAUGGCCGAGCUGUGCACGCGCGUCACGUACGCCGCGCGCACCGGCGCCGAGGCCGAGGCGCCGGCGGGCGAUGAGGAGUUCCAGAGCCUCUACUCGGUCCUCUCGCUGCUCAGCUACUCGCUCAAGGCGCCCGUCGUCAAGCCGGGCUCGGACGUCGUCAACUCGCUGGCGCGCCAGCGCUCGGCGGUGACCAACUUCAUGCGCGCCUGCAUUGGCCUGCAGCCCGAGAACGACCUGCUGCUCGAGACGCGCCUCUGGUAGACGGCCUGCCGGUGCGCUGCUGCGUGCCCGGCCCUCUGACCGGUUCCCUGCUGUCCGUCCUGUAGCGCGCUUCCCACCUUAUGACAUGCCUUCCAUCUGCUGCUGGCCUCGCCCGCUUGUGUGUCUGAGGCUAGUGCGUGCGGCCGGGCGUGGUGCAGGUUCGAGCGGGUGCGAGAAGUUGCCUUCUCCUCUGCGAGGAUGGAGGCCGCAUCCGGACUGAUC